UCCAGUAAUUUUCAAAACAAAGAUUUUGCAGCGCAGAAAAUGGACCAGCCCGACGAUCAUUUUCGCUAUAUACACAGUUGUUCCCUGCAUGAACGUAUACAAAUCAAAGUCGGCACAUUAGAGGGAAAGAAGCGCCAGCCAGACUAUGAAAAGUUGCUCGAUGACCCCAUACUUCGCUUUUCGGGGCUUUAUUCCGAGGAGUACCCCUCCUUUCAGGUGCGUCUUCAAGUAUACAACGAUGGACGACCCUAUUGUCUGCCCGUGAGCAGUGCCUACAAGGCAUUUGGCAAACGCUGGAGCUGGAACGAAUGGGUGACACUGCCUUUGUUAUUCUCUGACUUACCACGCAGUGCUAUGCUGGUGCUGACCAUACUGGACUGCUCUGGCGCGGGACAGACAAGCGUUAUAGGCGGCACAGCGAUAUCCGUGUUUGGCAAGGAUGGUAUGUUUCGUCAGGGCAUGUAUGACUUGAGAGUGUGGCUGGGCGUAGAAGGCGAUGGUAGUUAUCCCAGCAAAACACCAGGCAAGGGCAAAGAAAGCUCCAAAUCACAAAUGCAGCGACUUGGAAAAUUGGCCAAAAAGCAUCGCAAUGGACAAAUACAAAAGGUUGACUGGCUGGAUAGGCUUACAUUUCGUGAGAUUGAGGUGAUCAAUGAGCGUGAAAAGCGUAUGUCGGACUAUAUGUUUCUAAUGAUAGAAUUUCCCACCAUCAUAGUGGAUGAUAUGUAUAAUUAUGCAGUGGUUUACUUUGAGCCGGAGGUAGACAACAAGUAUAAGCUGCCUGCCAAACCAAAGCUAGUAUUAGUUCCUGACUCAGAGAUACAAAUGGAGAAUCUAGUGGAGCGUAAACAUCAUAGACUGGCACGUUCGGAACGCUCUGGCAUUUCAGAUCGGGAUGCCAAGCCUACAGCAAUCAUACGUGACCAGCUGCAUAAUAUAGUCUAUCGCUAUCCACCAACCUAUGUGCUAAACGGCGAGGAACAGGAUUUGGUGUGGAAGUUUCGUUUCUAUCUCAGCUCGCAUAAGAAGGCGUUGACCAAAUUUCUCAAGUGCAUCAACUGGAAGUUGAACGAUGAGGUGAAUCAAGCGCUUUGGAUGCUGGCCAAUUGGGCGCCCAUGGAUGUGGAAGAUGCUUUGGAGUUGCUAAGUCCUACCUUUACACACGCUGAAGUUAGAAAGUACGCUAUUAGUCGUCUGGCCCAAGCACCAGAUGAGGAUCUCCUGCUAUAUCUAUUGCAGCUGGUACAAGCUUUAAAGUAUGAAGAUCUGCGUAAUAUUGUACAACUGCACAAGUGUCUUAUACCAGAAACAGAGCGUGAUGUAGUGUGCUCACUGCUAGACGAGAAUGACUCCUUGCUGGAGCAGAGCAGUAUUUCGGAUCUGAGUGCCACAAGCAGUGCGUUGCAUGCAUCGGUUAUACCAGCGAAUCAAAGAGCUGCCAGCGCCUUAUCGGCGCUUAAAGUGGAACAACGUAGCCUAAGCAGCGCCAGCACGCCGGCACCAGCAGAUACCAGCAGUCCAAUGCGCACACAUUCGCCCAACUCCAACCCACUGCUGGGUCAAGGCGUGGCCUCCAAUCUUUGCACAUUCCUUAUACAGCGCGCUUGUCAGAAUGCCACAUUGGCCAAUUAUCUGUACUGGUAUCUGUCCAUAGAAGUGGAGGAUGUGGAGUCUGUGCGCAAACAGGAUCAGCGUGCGCAUGAUAUGUACGCCAUGGUUUUGAAUAUUUUUCGCAAAGUAUUGGAGAAUGGCAAUUUUCAUCUACGAGGCAUUUAUCAUAAUCUACGCAAGCAGCAGCGUUUUAUCGAUGAGCUUGUCAAGCUGGUUAAGCAGGUGGCCAAGGAACCGGGAAAUCGCAAUAAGAAAACGGAAAAGUUUCAAAAACUGCUAGCGGAUCAGGAAAUGUUUAAGCUUAACUUUACAGACUUUGAGCCCAUACCCUUUCCACUCGAUCCAGAGAUCUAUAUAACCAAAAUUGUAGCUCCACGCACAUCACUUUUUAAAAGCGCGCUCAUGCCUGCCAAACUUACCUUUGUAACCUCCAUAGCACAGCAUGAAUAUGUGGCUAUCUUUAAGCAUGGCGAUGAUUUGCGUCAGGAUCAGCUUAUAUUGCAAAUGAUUACAUUGAUGGACAAGCUGCUGCGUCGUGAGAAUCUUGAUCUUAAGUUGACGCCUUAUAAGGUGCUGGCCACCAGUUCCAAGCAUGGUUUCUUGCAAUAUAUUGAGUCCUGCACAGUGGCCGAAGUGCUGGCACGUGAGGGCAACAUACUAAACUUCUUUAGACGACACAAUCCCUGCGAGAAUGGUCCCUAUGGCAUUUCAUCCGAGGUCAUGGAUACUUAUAUCAAAAGCUGUGCAGGCUACUGCGUCAUAACCUAUCUACUAGGUGUUGGUGAUCGUCACUUGGACAAUCUGCUGCUGACUACCAAUGGCAAGCUCUUCCAUAUUGAUUUUGGUUAUAUACUGGGACGCGAUCCUAAGCCCAUGCCGCCGCCCAUGAAGCUAAGCAAGGAAAUGGUUGAAGCAAUGGGCGGUGUUAGUUCCGAGCAUCAUCAAGAGUUCCGCAAGCAAUGCUAUACGGCGUAUUUGCAUUUACGCCGUCAUGCCAAUGUCAUGCUCAAUCUAUUCUCAUUGAUGGUGGAUGCGACAGUACCAGACAUAGCCUUGGAGCCGGACAAAGCUGUCAAGAAAGUGGAGGAGAAUUUGCAAUUGGGUCUGACCGAUGAGGAGGCAGUGCAGCAUUUGCAGAGCCUGCUGGACAUAUCCAUAACAGCUGUGAUGCCGGCACUGGUCGAGCAGAUACAUCGCUUUACCCAAUACUGGCGCAAGUAGAUUUUAUGAUUUAUAUAGAUUAGAUCCCAGUAGGUUAUCCCACACUCCCUAUAAUAUAUAAAAUACUAUAU